AUGAAAUCGUCUUGCCCUUUUUGCAGCAAGAAGUACAGCUCCUCCGCAAACUUUGACAGACAUCUUCGAACGAUCCAUCCUCUGGAAGCAGAUGAAUGGUUGGGAAACCAAUAUUCGCUCCUGGAGCACGAUCAACCUGCGGAGACUCCCGAUGACACUGAUGAAAGCCCAGAGAGCAUUCCCGACUGCUAUUCAGACACGCAUUACGCUUCGGAGUCGGAUAGUUUUGACCAAGAUUCCGGUAACAAUUCGGACCUAGAAUCUGAAUCAUAUUUCGUGAUGGAAGAGGCAGACGGCGAUUUAAAUGGACAUAAGGCAUCUACAACAGUUUAUGAGGGUGCUGGGGAACCACUUUACCGCUCGGAGGACUACGACGAAUGCUCACAGAGCCUUCUCCGAUACCCAUGGCACCCAUUCAGGUCAGCAUACGAGUUCAGAAUGGCAAGGUAUUUCGUACUGUCCAAAGCCUCCCAGGGAAACAUCGACAGCUUCUUUCUACACGCUCCGCCAAGCUGUGACGAGUGCUCCUACAGCACUGGGCGAGGUUUUAUCAAGAGGCUGGAGGAAAUGAAUGACAUAUUGGGAAAGUCGAGCUGGAAUCAUUCGGAGGUGGAUAUUGGGGGGGAGAAGAUCUCUUACUACUACCGGGAUCCAAUGGUAGUCGUCCGAUAUCUUUUGGGGCAACGUGCCUUCCGGGAGUCAUUGGUGUACUCGCCGGUGGUGGAGCAUAAUGAAUUCGGCGAGCGAAUGUACGGGGAAAUGCAUACAGGAGAUUGGUGGUGGGAGAUACAGAAUACGUUACCGGAGGGGUCCACUGUCGUACCAAUUAUCUGCGCGUCGGAUGGCACACAUCUGACAAAUUUUAGCGGGGACAAGAAAGCCUGGCCAAUCUAUCUUACCAUCGGGAACAUCAAGUCGUCGGUGCGCAACAAGCCCACAGGGCAUUCAUUCAUUCUCCUAGGGCUUCUACCUGUGCCACCGAAGCUCGGGAAGAAUACAACACUCGCUAACUCCGUUUUACGACGUCAGAGUCAAAUGGCGCUGCACCGCGCUCUUGGGGAGAUCUUUCAAAGCAUUCGCGAGUGCUCUCAGGAGGGCGAGUUAAUCAAAUGCGCCGAUGGCUACGAACGACUAUGCUUUCCGGUGCUCUCGGGCUGGAUCGCUGACCAACCCGAGCAUUCAAACUUGCAAAACAUUAGCACUAGUGCUUGCCCAAGAUGCGAGGUGGAGUUUCACAAUCUUGGGAGCACUCGUCGAAGCUCUAUGCGCAGUCACGAGGACUACAGGGAGAGAGUACAGCUAUUUAGCGAGAAUCCGGGCAACCUGGAACCGGUAGAAUACCUUGUUGCGAGAUCGGUCAAAACACUUUUCAAUGCUUUCUGGGGUAUGCCGAGGGUUAAUCCGUACGAUCUCAAUAAACCGGACAUAUUGCACAAUAUCUACCUGGGGAUGUUGAAGCACAUGAUGGAGUGGAUUCAGGGCUUCUUGAAGAAGCAUCACCGAUUGAAGGAGUUCGACAGCGCUUGGGCUUCGAUUGCGCCUUACCCUGGGCUGGCAGUACCAAACAAAGCAUAUCGUUCUACCACCCAAUGGCAAGGGAAAGAGAUGCGCAAUCUGGGGCGGGUCGUUCUGGGAGCACUCGCGGCUGCUCUGAGAAACCCGGGAGUGGCUGCCAGGAGCGACUUCGCAAAAGCGUUGAAAUGUGUUCGAAGCCUAAUAGACUUCCACUUAAUGGCGCAAUAUGGGAGUCAUACAACGAGCACACUGAACUAUAUGGAGAACUAUCUCGAGGAUUUCCAUAAACACAUGGAUAUCUUUUUAGAAUUCAGGGCGUACAAGAAGACGUUAAAGGAUGCGAGAGAUCGAACGAAAGCAGUAACUAGCUCCCAGAGCACCCAGCAACGCUCCCAGAGCACCCAACGAGGCUUGGAGGAGAUCCGGGAGAUUCGGGAAAGAUCGCACUUCAACUUCAUCAAAUUGCACGUCUUAAUGCACUACCGGGAGCACGUUGAGCGCUUUGGGAGCAUUCCUCAAUACUCCACGGACGUCAGCGAGCUUGCCCAUGUACGGCAGGUAAAAGAAGCUUACAGAGCGUCCAACAAGGUUGAUGCUGCGACGCAGAUACUGGACUAUGGAGGGAGGCGAUUGGCGUUAGAGAUCCGAAUUCUAAAUCUGAAAGAUAUCGUCGGAGGUCCUGAGAGCACUGACGACAUCCUCUGGAGCCAUCGGGAUAACCUCAAGGAGUUGCUCGACAUUUUCAAAAUCGAGGACCGCAGGAAAACGCCGAAUGAACGCUCAAUAGUAGAAAGCGGACUGCCCCUGAAGCGUCUUUGCAAUCCCUCGUCGAAAUCGGAAAGACUUUUCAACGUGGCAGAUGGACUGCAAAUGAACCAUACCACGCUGUAUCGCCUGAUAAAGGAGUAUGCCGAGCAUGCGGGAUGCUCUCAGAGCUUUGCCGGAAGCUCUGAGAGCAUUUUGGAGCGUCGGGUGGAGGUUUUCACAUGCUUGCAGGUUCCGAUACCAAUAUUCCAAAGACCUGACGUAUACGAGGUUCACAACAUCAGGUGUACAGGAACAUUAUCUUUUAGGAAGGGGAAAAUAAGAAAGGAUUGGGCAUGGGUAUCGGUAGGUUCCUCAGAGCAGUGGGGAGUGUUUCGGGGACGCUUACCAGGACGAGUGGAGGCUCUGUUCAAGGUACGGGAUAGCACAGGGCGCGCACAUAGACUAUGUGUAGUUGAGCUGCUUGAGGCGAAGGAUCGUGGUAUCGCUGAUAGCUCACAUGGGCUGCUGAAAGUCUGUAGGAGGAGGAGAAAGAAGAUGUGGGUCGUGAAUAUUCGGAGUAUAUUAGGAAUGGCCCAUUUGUUCGAGGUGGAUGCUGGCAAUUGGCUGGUAAAUACUAGGAUAGAUUUGCGUACGUGGAAUGAAUUCAGUUGA